AUGGUAACUAAGGUGAUCCUACCACGAUCCGCGGGUCUCAUUAACCCUCUACCACACGCCCGCGCCACGCUUGCUCACACCCACGCAACGCCUGCUCACUCCCACACGUCCGCGCCACGCCUGCUCACACCCACGCCACGCCUGCCCACACCCACACGCCCGCGCCACGCCCGCGUCACGCCUGCUCCACACGCCCGCGUCACCUGUCUGCUCACGCCGCCACACCUGCUCACACCCCCACGCCCGCACCCACACGCCCGCGUCGCCUGCUCACACCCACGCCCACGCCCUGCUCACACGCCACGCCUGCCCACACGCCCGCGCCACGCCUGCCCACCCCACACGCCCGCGUCACGCCUGCUCACACCCACACGCCCGCGUCAAACCUGCUCACACCACCGCCUGCCACCCACGCCGCGUCACGCCUGCUCCACACCCACACACGCACACGCCACGCCUGCUCACUCCCACACGCCCGCGUCACGCCUGCUCACACCCACACGCCCGCGCCUGCACGCCACGCCUGCCCACACUGCCUGCUCACACCCACGCCCGCGCCACGCCUGCUCACACCCACACGCCCGCGCCACGCCUGCUCACCCACACGCCCGCGUGCUUCACGCCUGCUCACACCCACACGCCCGCGCCACCCUCACUCCCACCCGCGCCACGCCUGCUCACACCCACGCCACGCCUGCUCCACCCACCAGCCCGCGUCGCCUGCUCACACCCACACGCCCGCGCCUGCUCACACCACGCCCGCAUCACGCCUGCUCCACACCCACGCCCGCGCCACGCCUGCUCACACCCACGCCACGCCUGCUCACACCCACACGCCCGCGCCACGCCUGCUCACACCCACACGCCCGCGCCACACCUGCUCACACCCACGCCCGCGCCGCUCACGCCCGCCGCCUGCUCACACCCACGCCCGCGCCACGCCUGCUCACACCCACACGCCUGCUCACACCCACGCCCGCGCCACGCCUGCUCACUCCCACACGUCCGCGCCACGCCUGCUCACGCCACGCCUGCUCACACCAGCCCGCGUCACGCCUGCUCACACACACACGCCCUGCCUGCUCUGCUCAUGCUCAUGAUUGCAUUGCUCACACCCACACGUCCGCGCCACGCCUGCUCACACCCACGCCACGCCUGCUCACACCCACACGCUCCCGAUCAUGCUUCGGGUCAAAGGUCACCUACAACGACUGUGACACUGAAUGA